AUGGCAGAUGAAUCCUCCCAUGUUGGAGAGGAAAGCUGCAGUGAACAGGCGAGAAGAAGGCAAGUCUCUGGUUCACAUUCACAGUUCCAGAGACAGUUCGUGCAGAGAGUAAUGCUACUGGGAAAGCUGCCCACCAGAUUUGUCCUCCAUCGGGAAAAGAAGCAGAAGGUCGCUGCUAUACUGGGGAUUGACCACGGAGCCAUGAAGUCUCUUCCAGAGGGAGACUUAGACCAUUGCCUGCUGAGUAAGGUGGACCUGAGGCGACAGCAGAUUUCUCAGACUGUGGAGGAGGUACAGAAAGUCAUCCACCUCCUGACUGCAGAGAUCAGCCACCAGGACAGUCGGUUCGAAGCCGUGCCUGCCUCUGACACAUACAACAGCAGCAUUAAGGUUUUGGCCCCCAGCCUCUUCCAUGUCACCGUCCCACUGAAAGGCCUUACAGGGUACAAGGGGGCCCGGGCGCAGCGCUGGCGGUACUACAACUUGCAGGGCACCAAGCUCACCUGCCCUUUGCGGGACCCUGAAGGCCUGCAGCAAUGGCUGGAGACUGAGAUGUUCAUGAAGACCCUGUGGCAGUGGCACAAGGCAGAUGUGAACAUUGAGGGGGACAUUGUGCCAGCCAAAGUCCUCAAGGUGUUUCAGACCCUGGUAGAAAAUGCAGUGAGAACCUGUCACCUCUCAGGCAAAGUCACUGUGCUAGAAAAACGCACUACUGUUUGGGUUGCUGUGGAAACGUCCACGGGCCAGGUGGAGCUGGAGCUGGCCCCCACUGUGGAGAUCCCCACUACCUGGCCUGAGAAAGCCCAGUGGCCUCGGUGUCUGAAGCGGUGGCCUUCCCCAGAGAGAGUGGAGUGCAUCAAGUCAUUUGGGUUUAACUUGGUGGCCCAGUCCAGCUAUCACUGGCAGCUGAGUUUCUCCCAGGCAGAGCAGGUGUUGUUUGAACAGUUGGAUGAAGAUGGAGGCUGCCGCAGGCAAUGUUUUCAGGUCCUGAGGCAGCUGAAGGAGGAUGUGUGGUGUCCAGGGAGGAGGCCGGUCAUCACCACCCACCACCUACAGACGGUGCUCUUCUGGACUUGUGAGAAAUACCCCCACCUCAAGGAUUGGCAGGUCUUCCAGCCGGCACUUCUGCGCCUGGUCCGGAAGCUGCACAGAUGUGUGAGCCAGCACUUCCUGAAGCACUAUUUUGUUCCAAAGAGCAACCUCCUUCAGUCAGCUAACCCAAGUGAGCUGGAUGCUGUGGCCCAGAAAGUGGCCUUUUUCCUAAAGAAUCCACAGGUCGAGCUCCCCUGA